GUUCCAGCAUCUGUCAUCUGUCAAUGCUAACCUAAAAAAAAACUUGUUUGGUUCGGGUUGGUUGUUGUAGAUAAAAUUAAAAAAAAGGAAAAUAAGUCGCUUUCUGUUGAAUACCUAAAAACCGUGUUUUUACCCAUUCAAAUUUAAAGCAAAUUCAAAAAUGUCUCAGGAAGUUGAUAUAGAGGCGAUGAAGAAAUGUCUCACAGAUGCUAAUAUGUACGAAGAUGGAAUGGAUGAAGAGCUCAUAGUUCAAUUCUACAACGCAGUCAGAAACUCCGAAGCAUCACUACAAGAAGAAUCACGAAGAUCUUUCGAUGUUGACAGUGAAGCUGAGAAGAGCCUAAACGAAAGUGCCAACGAACUUUUGGAAGCCAUUGAAAGUUCGAAGGUUGUAGCUCCAUCAAAAAGCAUUAUAAUAGAUGAGGAAGUUGAGGAAUCUGAAAAGGAACCUUGGGAAGUUUUUGCUGAGCCUAGCCCUGCAAACAAAGUAGUCCAAGUGGAGGAGGAGGAUGAAUCGUGGAAACGUUUUGUUAAGGAUAUCCCUAAAAAGAGUCGAGUAGUACAAGAGAAGGAGCCAAGUGAAGAAAAGAAUAAUAAUCAUAAAAUCCAUUUAGAAAACGAGUCCCAAGAAUCCGAUACCAUUUUGAGCGUCAAAAAAACACCAAUUGGCUUUUACGAUAUGCCCGAAAGCCAGGAUAAAAAUUAUUUAAAAGUUAUUUAUCACAAUUUAAAGUUUGUCAACAUACAAAAUAGCAAAAAAUUCUUAUCUGCCAACAGCGAGAGUCGUGUAAAAAUGAUGUCUUAUUAUCACAUGGCAGUGGCUAAGUCAAUAUCACAUUAUGCUAGCUUAUCAACAAUUAUGGCUCCUAGAUGCAAACCUAUUAGAGGCGUUGAUGCACGCACGUGCAUAAAUCCAGUAAUUUCAUCACUUAAAGACGAAGAUUUUCUAAGUUCGCAACAAGAAGUUUAUGUUAGUCGUUCUGGACGGAUGACUAAAAAAAGGGUAUACAAUGACAAUGAAGUAUUUGAUGAAAUUCUGUUGGAAUCUGGAUCAACGAAGAAAUCAAAAAAUGAAGGUGAAUGGUUGAAAAAAGCUGUACCAACUAAUUCAAAGAAAAACAAUUCGAAUGAAACGCUAGUUAGUUCCAAUAAUAAUACGAAGAAAAAAUUUGACUUGGCGAAUACUAAUAGUGAAGAUUUGUUUGACGAACUAGAUAAUUAUGAAGCUCCAAUCCCGAUCAUGAAAUCAAGCACCACCCGUAAGAAAAUGCCCCCGAUCGAAGAAAUAAUGAAAAGAUCGUCGUUAUUUAAAGACACUAGCUCCCCAAAACGUGUCGGUGGCAGAACGAAUGCCAUCCUGAACGCGGCCAAAGAACAAACAGAACGUCAAAAACAGCAAGAAGAAGAAAUUGAGAAAUUCACAAACUCGUUGGACGCCGAUUCGCAAGCUUUCGAGGAUGACCCGGACAAAGUGAUUUUUGUUGAGCACGUUGAAGCGAGAAGAAUCACUCCAGUUGCACCCAGGAGGCUGAUAAAUGGCAGGAAAAGAGGCGGCGGUGUUGGCGCGGAGUCUCUAAACAUAACAACCAAAAAGACUAAAAGCAAUGAGGAACCUAAAACUGCAGCAGUGAAUGGAGUUGGUAGAAAAAAUAAUAAGCAGGUUGCUACUAAAAACGCGGCAAACGAAUCCAGUCCCAGCACCUCUAGGGGCAGAAAAGAAGCCAACACAACGAUGUGUCCUAUUUGUCGCGUAUCAUUUCCAAGAAGAGAGAUUGAGGAACAUGCAGCAACGUGUGGUUUGGACGUGUUCCCUACAAAUCCUCAAAACCAGAGGUUGACAUGUGAAAUUUGCGACACUGUGAUACCGUUGUCAACCCAGUACGAGAUACACGUCAAACAAUGUUUGGCCAAGAAAAACGGGUAGCCUUGUUGAAUUUAUAUUUUUGUUUAUGUCGAUAUUUUUUUUUGUAACUUAAGUAUAGAUAAUCAGUUAAAUCUGUAUUGAUAUUAAAUUUACUUGAAAUGGGCCAUAAGUGAGAAGAAUCAGAUUAUAAAAACUCAUUGUUGCACGAAUUUCAUUGGAUCUGAUUCUUGUUAUUGCAGACCUGAUAAAAUAGUGUUUGGCAUAAUAUGUAGCAAUAGUCAAAUUAUUUUAGUAUUUUUCGUUACAAUUCCAAAAAUUUACAAAAUUCAAAAUUAAAUGUUUGUUUGUCCAGAGUGCCUUGAAAUUUUCAGCGGAUAUUUAAUUGUGUUUUUGUUACGAUUUUUACCUGAUCUGCAUAAGCAAAAAGUAUAUUGAGUUGAAGUUAUUUUCAGGAAUUUUAUCUUUAGGUGGGUUCUAACAGACUCCUUCCUUAAUUUAGCAUUUUACGUUAUUUUGGUUUGCCUGAGGCUAAAAAUCGAAACUGAUUUAAAGUAUAUAUUAUGGUGCAAAUUGGUUCUCAAAUUGAAUUAGGCAGGUUAUAAAACUAUCCCAGGAAGAAUUAAAGGAAAAACACGGCUGAACUAUAACUGACUUGUUCUGCAUUUAUUCUAGUUGAAAAUACUUUUUACUUGUGCUGCUCAGUAUUUAAUUUUCUAUUUUUUAUCUUUUAUUGGUGAAUAUGUCCCACACAUCACACAGUACGUAUAAAACAUUUGUGAAACUAUAAGUUUGUAGAAUUAAUUAUUAUUUCUUUUUUAUUUAAUAAACUUGAUUUUUUUUCUAUGAA